AUGGCCCUAAGGAUCUAUUGGGAUGGAACCCCGCAGAGGCAGUCACACGGGCUGGGGGUCUUGAUUGGAUUCACUUUGCCGCAGUUGCUUCAACACUUGUUGUUGGUGUAUCCAUACAAGGGCCCUAGUGAUCUUUCACCCGCAGAGUACGAAGACCAAGUCCACUUUGUCACUACGCUGGUGUUUGUGCUAACGAACCAUGGAAGGUUGCGCUGCGAGACGGAACUUCUUCCUCAUGAAUACUUCUUCUUGCACCAUCAUGUUGCAUAUCACCUUGCGCAACAAGACGUGGCUUUGCUUGGUGAGACAUUACGGGCUUUACGUUGCUUUGAAGGUUCAAGUGAUCUUGUUCAAAUGCGUCGAGGACUAGCUUUCUUGUUGCUCACUCAACGCGAAGAUGGGUCUUGGGUGACUGAGUCGGCACAAAACGAUGCCAAUCAGCGAUAUUUCUCUACUAUGCAAGCGCUGUGGGCACUGUGCGAGCCUCGGCGAGCGGGAUUUGCGCCUGCCUUCCCAGAGGCUAUUCCGAUUUUAGAGCACUAUUUGAAUGCGGAUAUUGGGGGCGUUGAUCAGAAUUUCUUUGCGGGGAGCAACAAGAGCAGUGCAAGCAAUACUAAAGAUGCACAUGUUGAUCCUGAGGUAGCCGCAGCAACAGCAGCUGGUCCAUCUGAAAACGAAGACCUAGCAACACGCAUUGGCUUUUUGCAGAGCUUACUAGAUCAGAAUGGCAACGUGAAUGGCGUUUCAGCCGCACUUGCAACACAUGUGUUAAGCACCCUAUCAGAUAUGAUGCUCACUGUUGAUAUCCUCAAGAGCACUGGCGUUGGGCGAACUAUUAACAAAUUGCGUAAACAUACAGCACCUUCGGUAGCGAAGGCGGCAACUCAACUUGUGGCGAAAUGGAAAAAAGACUUGCUGUAG